AUGGCUCCCGCGAAUUCUCGCAAGAGGAAAUCAGACGAGAUGGACGAUCUCGCCGGCGGUGCCGUUACCCCCUCAGGCAGCCCAGCGCGCAAGAAGUUGAGAAUCACACAGCAACAGAAGCAAGCAUUGAUGGACAACCUCCAACUCGAGAUUACCGAGCGAGCGCGACAGCUUCGAGCAGGAUAUGCUCUUCAAUGUGCCGAUCUGAGAGCUCGCAUUGAAAGACGCGUCAACCGCAUUCCUCUCUCGAUCCGCAAGAUGACCAUGCGGGAACUGAUGGAACAGCACGAAUCUUCAAAUGCUGCCAAGCACCAGCACCAACAGCAGCCUCGUGCACCCACCCCCAAACACACAAUAUCCGUCCAAGUGCCUGCACAACCCAAGCCUCUCCCUCCUCUCCCCCGAGAAAGUGGCACAACAACAACAACCAAGCUGCCUUCUCCCGUCCGAUCGCAGCAACCACAAGCUUCAGCUACCCGAGGAGGAGGCAAGAAGCGUAUGAGCCCUGUAAUUCAGAUUGCCAUGGACAAAGUGAGCGAGCACGACCCAUCAGAAGCGGCGACACUAGAUACUCUUCCUGUGGUCAAGAAUACCAAGCGUGGUGCCAAAGGAACAGCAGCAGCCCCGACAACACGCCCGACGUCUCGCGCAGCUGGAAAACACACACAAAUCUCGGUUCUAUCUCCACGCUCCCAUAACUCUCGCACCCUGCCUCGCUCACCAAUAAAAGACCCCUCCUACCUCCCAACCUCCCCUGUGAAGACCAAUAUGCUCAUGCGCCCGACCGCAACGACUGCCAUGUCUCCGAUCCGGCCAACCUCGCCACUAAAGUCGGCCGCCACAGCAGCGACAUCGGCCAUCUCGGCCAGCGUGCACGGCAUGAUUGAACAAGCGAAACGAGGAGGGACCGCCACGGCCGCGAAACUGACCCGGACCGCAUCCAAGGAGAAGAAAGAAGCCGCAGCAAUGGCCAAAGCUCAAAUGCUCCCUCCUCCCAAGCCGAGCGCUCCACCCGUAUCUCCGCAGCGUGCGUUCAGCCAAGCAAGCACGCACAGCACUCUGACGGAUGUUUCCGCGGCCUCGAGCAGCACUACGGUCGUGAAGCCAAAGCGCGGAGGCAGAGCUGCCACGGCCACGGCCAAGGCUACCACUACUACGCAAUCGAAGGAUCUCGCGGCUGCAGCUACAGACAAGAAGAAAGGCGGGAUGGCCCGGGCUGCCAGCGCGGCGAAGACGGCGCUCAAGAGGAACGCGAAUGCUACUGCUGGCGCGGCGGGAGCGACGAAUAAGAGAGUCGUGGUGGCGGAGCCGGCAGCAGGUCGGAGGGUGCUGCGGAAGAGGGCGUAA